AACGAAGCUAGUUCGAGAAUCUAAGCGAAUCGAAACGCUCUCUCCGUGCCUCUUUUCCAGUGGGCAGCGGGCGACGCCGAGAGAGAGGGAGAGAGAGAGCGAGAUCAGGUUUCUCUUCGGAGGGGCGGCAAGAUGCAGUACAAUAACCUGGGGCGAUCGGGUCUCAAGGUGAGCCAGCUCUCUUACGGGUCGUGGGUCACCUUCGGCAACCAGCUCGACGUCAAGGAGGCCAAGGCCCUGCUCCAGUGCUGCCGCGACCACGGCGUCAACUUCUUCGACAGCGCCGAGGUGUACGGCAAUGGCCGCGCCGAGGAGAUCAUGGGCCAGGCGAUCCGAGAGCUCGGCUGGCGCCGCUCCGAUCUCGUCAUCUCCACCAAGCUCUUCUGGGGUGGCUCCGGUCCCAAUGACAAGGGCCUCUCGAGCAAGCACCUCGUCGAGGGCACACACGCCUCCCUUCGCCGCCUCGACAUGGACUACGUCGACGUCCUCCUCUGCCACCGCCCUGACGCCGCCACACCCAUCGAGGAGACUGUCCGCGCCAUGAACCGCAUCAUCGACAAGGGGUGGGCAUUCUACUGGGGAACGUCCGAGUGGACCGCUCAGCAGAUCACCGAGGCAUGGGCCGCCGCGCAACGACUCGACCUCAUCGGCCCCAUCGUCGAGCAGCCAGAGUACAACCUUCUCACCCGCCACAAGGUUGAAGUAGAAUACCUUCCUUUGUACAGCACAUAUGGCCUGGGUCUCACCACAUGGAGUCCAUUAGCAUCAGGAGUGCUGACUGGGAAAUAUAGUAAAGGAAACAUACCUCAAGAUAGCCGAUUGGCUCUUGACAAUUACAAGAAUCUUGCAAGCAGAUCACUAGCUGGUGACAUCCUAAGAAAGGUUAAUGGGUUGAGACCAAUUGCUGAGGAACUAGGGGUUCCUUUAUCUCAACUUGCAAUUGCUUGGUGUGCAGCAAAUCCAAAUGUUUCCACAGUAAUCACAGGGGCUACCAAGGAGAGCCAGAUAUUAGAGAACCUAAAGGCUCUAGAGGUUCUUCCCUUGCUGACACCUGACGUCCUUGAGAAAAUUGAGGCAGUGGUUCAAAGCAAACCUAAGCGUCAAGAAUCAUACCGUUGAUUCCUGCUCUCCAAUUGAGGCACUGGACUCUGGAAAUGCAAUUAGUUAUUCUGUAUUCAUGCAUUGUCCUCUAAACUCGUAUGGUCUUUUUUUUUCUGGUCUCGGACCUUCUUCGCUUGAUGUUGGUUACAGAUAUGAGUUUAAUGCAGAUCUUUGAGGCUUCGAAACUUUGACUAUGA